CAGUUGGGGGGUUGUGGAAUACUGGGCGUGGGGGUAUGGCUGUCAGUGACCCAGGGCAACUUUGCCACACUCUCCUCAUCCCUCCCAUCCCUCUCAGCAGCCAAUCUACUCAUUGCGGUAGGGACCAUCAUCAUGGUGAUUGGUUGCCUCGGCUGUGUCGGAGCUGUCAAAGAAAGUCGUCCGCUGUUGCUGAGCUUCUUCAUCCUCCUCCUCCUGAUCUUCUUCUUGGAGAUUUUGUCCAUCACGCUCUUCUUUGUUUACCAAGACCAGAUUGAUCACUAUGCCCAGAGGGAUUUGAAGAGGGGACUCCAGCUCUUUGGCACCGAGGGCAACGUGGGCUUGACCAACGCUUGGAUGAUCGUACAAACGGAUUUCCGCUGCUGUGGCGUGACCAACCAUACGGACUGGUUUGAAGUGUACAACGCCAGCCGUGUGCCUGACUCCUGCUGUCUGGAGUACAGUGACAACUGUGGCCUCGAGAACCCAGGGACCUGGUGGACUGCGCCAUGCUACGAACGGGUGAAGGAUUGGCUACAAGAGAAUCUGGUGGCCCUGUGGAUCUUUGCUCUGUGUACGGCACUCACACAGAUUCUGGGUUUGGUGUUCUCUAUGACGAUGUUCUGCCAUGCAGUCAAAGUGGAGACCUUCUACGCCUAGCUUUGCCCCAAAGGACUCUGGGAAUGAGGGCGGCACACACACCCCUCCCACAGACCCUCUCCUCUUUCUCAGCGACACCCUCGCAGACCAAUCCUCAUGUAACAUCGUUCACAACAACCUGUACUGUUCAACAACCACAAUGUCAUAUCGGGAGCCGAUGGAUGCUUUUUGCUCAAUGAAAUGUUAUUCGCUCAUUUUAUGCUCAACAUAUCCAUGUAAUAUGUAGAAAUACGUAUAGAGAUGUAAUCCCUUUUUUUUUUUUUUAAGAUGUUUUAAAUUAUUUUGAAUCAUUCUAUAAUCUAAGCGUUUUGAAAGGAGAGGAGAGCUAAGGAAUGCAGGUCAGGAGUGCAUUUAGUAAAACAGGCCAUGCAGGUACUAAAGUGCAUGGCUCUUUGACUCGUCCAAAUCGACUUAUCCUUGAGUUUUUUUUCUUCCACCAUCAACAAAUACAGUAAAUUAUAUUCCAUUGUAACAGUGAAUUCAUAAUAACUUAUUUAAUGAACUAGUUCAUCUGGAGGGAUUUAUUACAUAUAUAUAUGAAUGUAAGUAUAGCAACUUCAAUACUAAGACUGUCUGGAUGUUCACAAAACCCAUUAAAUUAGACAAUGGUCCCUAGGCCCGUCUCGAGUGUUGCACAGAUCAACAAAACCAACGAGUCAUCCUAGGUACUAAAUGUCUCGAUCUCACCGUCACAGAGUCUGUCAAGGUCCUCGACAACGUCUCCCUGCUGUGGCCUAGGGGCAUUUCUUUCCCACAGUUCUCAUCAAUGUUAUUACAUUCACAUUGACCCGACUUCUGUGUGACUCCAUGAAUAACCAUUCCUUUUUUCCCCCAUGUCUACAGUCGUUUAGCUAUUUCUAGCUUGGUAGAUCAGUCUUCCAUACCAAAUGCAUGAGAACAUCAGAAAACUCUCCAAAACAACAUUUGAUUAGAAAUGGGUUUGUGGUCACAGCCGGCCGUGAUCGGGACAAUUGGCCUAGCGUCAUCCGAGUAGGGGAGGGUUU